GGGGAGGGAACGCAAGACCGGAAGGGACCGAUACUUGGCCACCGAAGGGCGGGGCCGGACUGGGCGGGGCCCGGCGGCCCUCCCGAAAGUGGCGGUUUGCUGGAGGCGGUUACCUAGGAAUCCUGAGUAGUUUGAAUGUGUGGCGACCUGUGCACCGGUGCUUGGUCGGUGCUAUCUCAGCAGAAGUGGGACCCCUGAGGCCUAAGAAACUGGCUUUAUCUGGCUCGGGACUCCCCGGCAUUCAUCGCUUCCCUCCGUAACCGGAUAGCAGUUAUUUGGACUCAGCCUCAGACCCAGGGGUCACAUGCCAGGAAGGAUGGCCCCCCUCAAGAAGCCUCGAAAUGCCGCAAGGUUGCCCCUGGCUUUAAACCCCCUGAAGAGCAAGGACGUGUUGGCAGUGCUGGCCGAAAGGAACCAGGCUAUAGUGCCAGUUGGGGCCUGGGUGGAACCUGCCUUGCCAGAUAGUUCGGAAGUCCCAGCAUAUACUUCAGCAUAUAUGAUUGAAGAAGAACUAAAGGAACAACUAAGAAAAAAACAAGAAGCUCUGAAGCAUUUUCAGAGACAAGUCAAACGCCGAGUAAAUCAACAAAUCAGGUUGCGAAAAAAGCAUCAGCUUCAGAGAUCUUAUGAAGCAGCAGAAAAAGAAGGCUCUAUAGCCAUGCAGUCCUCAGAUCCAGCACAUUUAACUCCUAAAAGAACAAGUGUUUUUCCAAAGAACUUGAACGCUGCAAUUGGAAGUGCUAGGUUACCUCCUUCCCAGGUGCUGGGGGAUGGACUAGAAGAUAGAGAGAAUCAGAAUGAAUUACUCCAACAACAAGCCCAGGCUCUUAGUCAAACCAUGAAACAGGCUCGUCACCGACUGGCAUCAUUUAAGACUGUGAACAAAAAAAAUGUGUCAGUGUUUCCAGAUGGUAGAAGAAAAACCUUUCCCCACCAAGAGGAACCUGACUCUGAGGAAUCUUCAUCUAUUUUGAUAGAUAAAAAAGGGAGAGAAAAUUUGUUUUGGGGAGACCAACAGGAUCUCCUUUCUGAAGACAGGGACAAACCUUUUGGCAGAGUUCAGAAAGCACAAUUCAAAAAUCCAUUAUUUGCUGUGAUGAAAGAGGAAGAGCAAAAGCAGUUAGAUCUUCAAGGCCUUCAGGAUAUUCUGCCAGAAGCCCAGGAUUAUCUUCCAGAAGCUCAAGGUGAUCUGCUGAAAAUCCAGGGUGAUUUGACAGGAGUCCAGAGUGUUGAGCUAGAAGCUAAGAGUAUUGAGCCAAGGCUCAGCGCCCAGGUUGUUGAGGUGGAAGGCCAAGCCACUGAGCCUGAAGCCCAGGCUGUUGAGCCUGAAAUCCAGACCGUUGAGCCUGAAGCCCAGGCCAUUGAGCCUGAAGCCCAGGCUGUUGAACCUGAAGCCCAGACCACUGAGCCUGAUGCCCAGGCUGUUAAGACAGAAACUCAGGAUAUUAUGCCAGAAGCCCAGAAUAUUGAACUAGAAGAUGGGAGUAUUGUGUCUGAAGUCCAAGAUUUGCUACCCAAAGAACAGUGUGUUCUUCCCACAGACCAGAAUGUUCUACUCAGAUGUCAGGACCAGGACUUUCUACCUAAAAACCAGGGUUUUCUACCCAAAGACCAGAAUAUUCUACCCAAAUGUCAGGACCAGCAUGUUCUCUCUGAAGACCAGAAUAUUCAGUCCAAAUUUCAGGACCAGGAUUUUCUACCCAGAAACCAACACCAGCAUUUUCUAUUCAGAGACCUGUGUGUUCUCCCCAGAGUACAGGAUUUUCCACCCAGAGAUCAGAAGGCAAAUUUGAAGCAGCCAGCAUCAAUUUUGACAGACAGGAGAGGGAGAGAGGUGUUUCCUCUGGAUGCCCAUCAGGAUCUUCUACACAGCAGUCAAGAUCAGACCUCCAUCAGGGACAAGAAAGUACGCUUCAAGGAGUCAUAUUCUGAUAUGUCAAGUGAGAAAGGGAGAGAAGGCUUUUCCUCGGCAAGUUAUCAGUACCUGCCUCCUAAACUCCAGGACUAUACCUUCAUCAGAGAUCAGAAUAUGUUUCUCAAGAAACUGCCAUCUUUUAUGAGAGCGGAGAGAAAGAAGUGUCUCAAGCAACCUGCAUCUUUUGAGAAAUGGGAGAUUGAAAGAAGAAUUGUUUCUGGAGUGCCAUCGACCUUAUGCUUCAGGCAGCAGCCGUCUGUUGGGACAGCAGAAAGAUGGCAAGAGGAUUUGUUUCUGGAUGGCCAUCAGCAACUUCCACCCAAGCACCAGAGAGAGGCUUCCAGCAGAAGACAGGUGUAUGGUGAAUAUCAGUCAAGAUUGAACACCGAAUUCCAAAUUCCACUGGUACUUCAGUCUGGAGUAGAUCAAGAAGAAGACAAGAAAGAGCGUCAAAAGCAAUACCUGCGAUAUAGACGACUUUUCAUGGAUAUUGAAAGAGAACAAGUAAAAGAACAACAAAGGCAAAAAGAACAUCAAAAGAAAGCUGAAAACAGUGGAUUAUGGAAAACUUGCAAUUUUGUCUUGACAUGAAAAUAUUUCGUUUUCAUGGCGAUCUUGCCUGAUUGUCCUUGGAACUUCUGCCCAAAUCUCUGCCUCCUGCCCCAGGGCAGCUUCUUAAACACGCCUGAACUUUUCCCAAGCCAUGGACCCAAUGGAAACAAAGCUUUUUGCACAACCAAUGAUGAUGAAAAAGAUGACUAAAAUAAAACAUUCCAAGAUGUUUGAGAAUUGUGUUUGGAUGCUAAAAAUAAAUAAUUUUCUCCUGUUCCAUGUUUCUUAAUUUUUCAAAUUUUUUAUCAUUAGUAUUUUUGACUUUGAGAGCCUAAACAAUAUCUGCAGGGGCCCCUUGCUGCUGAAUAUCCUGUGUAUUUCGUAAUAGAGAGUACAAGGACUUCUGAAAGUUUUAUGUGGCAAUUCAUGGGUGAGAAUGGUUUUCCUCUGAGGUGUUUAAUAGGUUCUUUAGUAUGUUUGUAUUCUCACAUGCUUUUUCUCCCCUCAAGAUAUAUUAGAAUAUUGUUGUCUUAAAAACCGCUUGACAGAAACUGCUGCAAUAAACAAUUUUCUGUACAUGUUUAGGAUUGGGGUGGAAGAGGCUUGAAAAAAUCCUCAUGAUGUUGUCUAGGGUAACCUUUAAGCCAGGAUUCUAUUUAAAUAUUUCAAAGAUUGUUUUCUAUUUUCAAUGUUCAUCAGGGCCAUAAAUAUAUAAUCUUCCUGGAUAAUAGUUUCAGAAUCUAAGGACAUUGGUUCUCAGGAAGUUCAUUCUUAUAUGUAGGCUCGAUUUGUCUUACUGUCACCUAGUCAUUUAACCAUAAUUAUGAUCUGAUCUACAUCAAAAAUCCUUUUAUUUCUGUAAUGCCAGUAUGUAAGCAUUUUAUCAACUCUUCAAGCAAAAGAACAGAAAUUUAGUUCAGUUCAAAUAACUGAAGCCAAGACAUCCCUGCUGUGGAUGUUUUAUGUCUAACCUAAAUCUUCUUAUGACAUGCCUACCACAUGGCAUAGUCAGUGGGGAAUUCUUCUUUAGCUAUAUGCUGACCUUCUUUGAAAGCUUUUCUGCUUAAGGCUUUUGUUGUAUUGCCAUUUUCUCACUGGAUAAUCUUUUCCUUCUUUGAUUUAUACUCUUGACCCCAGAAAAAAUAUGAAGGUCUCUGUCUUACAGAUGGUAUCAGAAAAUUAAAUCUGUUGUCAAUCAUUUGCAAACAAUUAAAAAUUAUUAUUUUUUGCUUCUUCCUUGUUGAAGAAAUGAAAUCACGCAUGCCUUUUUUUGCAUGGAAGUUAUGAUUUAACUGAAAGACAAAACAGCUUUAAAAAAAGGCAAAACCACUUUAGCAGCAUUCUAAAAUAAACAUAUAUCUUCUUUCUAGACAGAAAUUGAUAAUAACUGCUUCACCUCAUUCAGUUGUUUUAAGAAUCAAAUAAUAUGUUUUCAUUCAUUCAUUUAGGAGCAAUUUAUUGAGUAUCUAUUAAUUGGUGGACAUGAUGGCUAGACUUAGGGGUUGCAACAAAUGAAACACAUCAUCCCACUCUUCACAAAGAUCUUACUAGAUAGAUUUCACUCAUGAAUGGGGAAGCAGGCAAAUGAAUUACAUAGUUAUAAUACCAUAUAUUAAGUAUUACAAGACAGUAUAGCAUGUGGUUAAGAGCAUGUGGAGAUAAGUGUUCAGGUCCCGUCUCUGCUACCUACCAGCUGUGUGGGAAAGGGAUAAUAGCAGUAUAUACUUCCUGAAGUUGCCAUGAGGAUUAAAUGAGGUAACAUAUGAAUGUGCUCAACCUGGCACAGUAGCUGCUCGAUAAAUGUUAGUUGCCAAGUAUUUAAGGAAAAAUAAUACCAAGUUUUACAUUAUUCCAGAGAAUGGAAAACCGGGAAUAUUUCCCAAAUAAUUAUAGAGGCCAGUAUAAUCUCACUGCCAACCUGACAAAGGCAUUACAAUAAAGCGAUGUUACAGACUAAAUUCUCUUACCAACAUAAGUAUAAAAAUCUCAAGUAAAAUAAAAUAGUUCUUUUAAUAUCAUUAGAAUAAAAAAUCGCAAGAAUAUAUGGGGGUACAGCAACUGUGUUUUGAACUCAGAAUUGGGGGUAUGUUUGUAGCAGAAGGCUUCCUGGGCUGAUUCUUGAAGGAUUAGAAGCAGUAGUAUGAGACAGAAGUGUAGUUGGAGGUGCCUGGGUGACUCAAUCAGUCAAGCCUUCAACUCUUGAUCUCGGUUGUGAGUAAAUGCCCUGCAUGGGGCUCCACACUGGACAUGAAAUUUACUUAAAAAAAAAAAUUGUAAUUGGUUUGGAGAAAAGAGUAGAUGGGAAUCUUAGGUAAAAGGAAUAACAUUGUAAAAGCAGUGACUUGAGAAAAUAUGACACUUCUGAGUUGCAUAUGAUUGGAGCUAAAAGAAUGGCAAGAGGUAAGUCUUAAAAAACAAAGACAAGAUCAUAAACAGCUUUGUAUGUCAUGAGAAGGGAUUUGGAUUUUAUCCUGAAAGCAGGAGCCAUUUAGAAUGGAUAAGGUGAUUAAGAACUAGAUGUUAGGAGAUUAUUGAAAUAAUACACUUAGAAGAUGAGAGAGGAAAUUGGUUUUUUUAACAAGGAUUAUUAUAUGAAGUCCUUACUGUGUGUCAAAUGCUUUACAUUCAUUAUGGUCUCAUUUAAUUGAUACAAUUCUGCAGGAUAGUGGUGGCUGCCAUUCACUGAGUGUUUACAAUGUGUCCCGGCACUGUGUUGAGUGUUCUAGAGGCAUUAGCUCAUUUACUUGUUUCCAUAACCUUAUGAGAUAAAUUUGAUUUUUAUUUUAAUCUUGUAGAAGAGAAAAUGAGGUUAAGUAAUUUGCCUAAGAUUAAGAUCACACUUAGCAAUGGCAGAACUGGAAUUCAGUCCCAAAUUUAUUGGAUUUCAGGCACCCAACCUCUUUGAAGUCUGAAACACCACCUUUCAAAUAAGCCAGAACCAAGGAGGCAAUGAGAAGGAGACAAUUUUAAGAGCCUCAUAAGAGAGAGUCCAUAAAAUUUUGUCAGAGGAGAAUUCAGGGUUAAGUCCCAAGUUUAUGAAUUAGGUCACCAGGUAAAAUCUAAAACAGAUUUGCCUGGAAGGAGGUAGAUGUGGAGAGAAUAAGUUUAGUUUGGGGCAUACUGGGUUUGAGGUGCUUAAAGGAAAUCCAACUAGAGAAUCCAGUAGGAAAUGUUAUGUUAUUUUUAACAAUGAUUUCAGAAAUCACUAAGGAAGAGUACUUAUCAGAAUCAGGAAGUGAGCAGACAGAAAGGUUGAAUAGAAAAACAGGAUCAGCAAGCAAAGAUUUAGACCUGCUAGAUUAGACCUUAAUCCUGUUGUGCCAAAGAGGAAGAUUUCUUUCAUGUCCUUGAGAAGUUAUUUUUCUAACAGGGCACCACUUUAACCCCUGAAAUAGACCUGUGUUUUAAUCCACAAGCAGAAUUCCUCUUAUUUGAGAAUAUCGGUGUUGGCACAUUGCUGGCUCUGGAAGAAAAAUACCAUAGAGCCAAAAAGAUAGGCCUCAUUUUUAGUUUCAGGUCUGUAUUUUAGUUUAACUUUGUAAAGGGUUAGUAGUGUGGCCUUAUUAAUAUGGAGGAUGACCAACAAGAAUUUUUGAACUGUUGGAAUGAUAAAACUAUUUUAAAUGCUGUUUGCCUGUGAUACUGCUUUAUCUUCAGGAUUCUUUUCAAAGUGUCAGUGUUGACCUAUAUACUUGUUUAGUUGUGCCAACACUCAGCAUAGCAAGUUUAUGGACCAAUUUGCAGUGUUUUGUAUUCUUACUCUCUUUUACUCCAAGUCUGACACUAGUUUCAGAAUAACUUUCGGUGUUACAGCUAGGUAGGUACAUUACAUUGCCUGCUUCAGUGCUCUGGAAACAACCAAUACAUUGACAUGUUGAUUUCUGGCCUAGUUUAGUUUCUAUUGUGUAUCAACUGAAAGUUCUGUUUAUACAAGAGGCCUUACAGGUAUCAGAGAAUAAGAACUCACUUACAGAAUAGCUGUUUAUGUCAACUUUGUAAGUUAGCUUUGUCAUUUUCGACUUUAUGAUCCUUUCUGAAAUUACCAUAUGGCAAUAGUUCUUAAUCUGAGAAUCUGACCAAAGCUGUGGAUUUUUUCCCCAGGAAAAUACCUUUGAAAUAUUCAAAUGGGGAUGUCAAAUUGGCAGGUAGUUAAAUAGGUUUGAAUCUCAGAGGAACUGUGUAUGAUGAGCUGUAGCUUUUGAGGUACAGGUGUUAGUGGGUGGGAACUGAAGCAGAUGGCAUGCAUAAAGUCACCUGGGGAGAAGUUACAGCGUGAGAAGUGAAGGAAGAAUGCCUAG